CGGCUCCCGGCGCUGAACAGGCUCGGGCACGCGGGCCACAGCAACAGAUGCCUCCAGGGCCUGCCCUCCAGCCUCGUCGAGUUCGACUCCUCCAGGAUGGCCGUGGGCUUUUAUUGCCUCGGGAUACUGGACCUGUACGGCCUCGUCGACGACAAGGUCAGCACGACGGACAGCGAGGGCUGGCGCGCUUGGAUAUGGGCACAACAAGCCACGGGCGCGCACGGGUCCGGGUUCCGCCCAGGCCCGCUCGCGACGACCAACGAGCCCCCGCCGCCGCCGUCGUGCCACCCACCUGACGUGUACGGCCCAUGCUCGGCACCGAACCUCAUCAUGACCUACACCGCGCUCCAGGCGCUCGCCAUCCUCCGCGACGACUUUGCGCCGCUCGACCGCCCGGGGCUCGCCAGGUUCGUCGGCGCGUGCCAGGGCCCGGACGGCAGCUUCGCGACGACGCCCGGCGCGCGCGACGCCGACCUCCGCAUGAGCUACUGCGCCUUCGCGAUCUGCGCGAUGCUCGACGACUGGACGCGCGUCGACGUCGACCGCGCGCUCGCGUUCGUCGCGCGCUGCAGGACUUUCGAGGGCGGGUAUGGGCAGGCGCCGCAUUGCGAGGCACAGGCACCGUCAUCAACACCAUCAUCAUCGUCAUCACCACCACCAACGCCAACACCAACACCGCCGCCCCCACCCGCCCGCCUCCCCCCCGCCCAACGCGCACACACCGUGCGGUGGCUCGUGCAGAAGCAAAGCGCCGACGGCGGGUUCUGCGGGCGCACGGGCAAGGCCGCAGACGCGUGCUACGGCUUCUGGUGCGGCGCCGCGCUGCGCGUGCUCGGCGCAGACACGCUCGUCGACGCGCGCGCGCUCGCACGCUUCGUCGCGCGCUGCCAGUUCCGGUUCGGCGGGAUCGCGAAGGCGCCGGGCGAGCAUCCCGACCCGUACCACACCUACCUCUCCUCGGCGAUGCUCGCGAUCUACUGCGCAGAGCCCGCCGCGCGCGGCACCGACGCGCGGUGGGCGCUCGCGCCGCUCGACCCGCUGCUGAACGCGCGGCAGGACACGGCGCGCUGGGCGCGGGAGCAUAUC